UUGUGACAUUUUGAACCAACGCGUCUUUCGUUUCCUGAUUCAGUUCUUUCAUCUUCUUGGGAACAAAAAUUCUAUAGCUUUCUCUCUCCUUAUAAACCCCAAAUGGCAGAAGCAGUACCAGAACUGAAGAGGGACUCCACCAUGACAGUAACCGCAAAGGAGGGAGAAGCUUUUCUUGAAGCACAAGGAAAACUUCACGACGACGCUAAAACCAGGGCACAGCAAAAAGAGCUCGACGCCGAACCAAACGGCGAAGAAAAAAACGAAACUCCAACCAAACUAGAGCGAACAACAACCAUGCAAGCGACCGCCAAAGAGGGAAGUGAAAUCAUUGGAGACGAAGAUCUCGGCAAAACAAGAUCCGAAACCGAAAAUAAAAACGAAGAUUCAGAGGCAAACGGUGACGAAAAUGGCCACAACGAAGCAAGCGAAGAAAAGCCUGCACUGAAGCGAGACGGGACUAUGGCGGUUACAGCAGCUGAAGGGGCCGAGAUUUUAGGCGACCAUGAUACCGAAGCCGGUACACGUGCUGAGGCAAAGGCCGUCAAAGCCGCAAUCGAAGAAAGCGUCGAGCAGAACGGGCAAGCGGAAGACGAGGAAAAACCAGACCUCAAACGAAAAUCAACCAUGAAAGCCACCCUAGAGGAUGGUGAGGAAUUCCUCAAGCGCAAGAAGGAAAGCAAUGGCACUAAACAAGAAGCGACAGCCUAAGUUCAUUCUUUGCAAGCAGAGAAAAGCAUCAACCUUUAGAGCCUAUUGUUUACAGAGUUGAACUUUGUCUAACAAUUAUAUGGCCUUGUAUAUUAAACAUGUAAAAAAGUAUAACCAUUUCCUUACCAGUAGUUUUAUACUAUGAUUAAAGAUAAUGAAAAUUGACAAGUCAGAUGAAAUUCUUACUGCUCUAGACUGAAAACAUUGAACUUUUCAAAUCAUAGUUUGAGAGAACUUUUCUUCAUUCAGCCCAAGUCUUGUGCUUGUUUUUAUUACAUACAUCACCUUAUACCUGACAUAUUCAUGUAUUUUCAAUGAAUAAAGUAUACCAUAACAGUUUAUCUUGCAUAUCUUAUAUAGCUAGAAGUUUUAAUAAAAAUGCAGUUUGGCAAAAA